AUGUGCUUCUUUUGUGCAGGGACGGGUUAUAUGAAAGCUUCUGACUUUUUAGUGGGUCGGACCUAUGAUGAUAUAUGUGGAUGGUGUAGGGGUUAUAAAACAGGAAGAUGUGAACUAUGUUUGGGCACUGGGAGAAAAGUCUGUACUGAAUGUGAGGGUUACAAAGAAAUAAAAACAUAUACAGAGAUGACUAUCCUAUUUAAAAAUCAUGUUUCCAGGCACAUACUAGACUAUUCGGAUAUGCCACGUCACCUAUUGAAAAAAGUAAACGGAAACAUGGAGUUCCAACAAGUUCUAAAUCAGGUAUCCCCAAUAACAUCAUAUCCAGUCAACGAAGUCAACAAUAUUUCCACCAUAAUCGUUAACGAGCAUAAAGAAGCCUUCCCAAAUGGAAACAUUCUAAAGCAGAGACAACAGUUGAGAGCUGUUCCUGUGACAGAGGUCCAUUAUACGUGGGAGAACGAACAAGGAUGCUACUGGAUUUAUGGACUAGAAAGAGAAGUCUACGCCCCUGAGUACCCUCAAAAGGGAUGCUGGGGAUGUAAUAUCUUGUAA